GUGGUGAAGAAGCGGAAUCUUGCUUGUCUGCCACCGGGAAUACCUCACAAGCCGGAUUCUUGGGAAACAGGAUCGCUCUCUGGGCAGGUUCUCACAGCGCGACGUUCGCUUCCGUGACGAAUCUGCCGGUGCGGCACAGCUGCUCGCCCCUCGGGGCCCUGCGCGAAGCCCGUGGAAUCCGCUCCGGGUUCCGGGGCCGCUCCGGUCAUGGCGGCCGCCGGUCCCCGUGCCGGACAGCCGGCCCCAGAGGCUGCGGCGCCCGGCGAGGCCCCGCUGCAGUACAGCCUCCUUCUGCAGUAUCUGGUGGGUGACAAACGGCAGCCCCGGCUCCUGGAGCCCGGGAGCCUGGGCGGGAUCCCGAGCCCGGUCAAGAGUGAAGAGCAGAAGAUGAUGGAGAGGGCGAUGGAAAGCUGCGCCUUCAAGGCGGCGCUGGCCUGCCUGGGAGGAUUCGUCUUGGGAGGUGCGUUUGGCGUGUUCACCGCUGGCAUCGACACCAAUGUGGGCUUCGACCCCAAGGAUCCUUACCGUACACCAACAGCCAAGGAGGUUCUGAAAGACAUGGGGCAGCGAGGAGUGUCCUACGCGAAGAACUUUGCCAUCGUGGGAGCCAUGUUCUCGUGCACGGAGUGUUUGGUAGAAUCUUACCGAGGAAAAUCGGACUGGAAGAACAGCGUCAUUAGUGGCUGCAUCACCGGGGGAGCCAUUGGCUUCAGAGCCGGCUUGAAGGCAGGCGCCAUCGGCUGUGGAGGUUUUGCCGCUUUCUCAGCUGCAAUCGAUUACUACCUGCGGUGAGAGUCGCUGCCCUUGAGAAGAUUGCCCAGGCCCCGGAUCAGAGCUGUGCUUCACUGCUCGGGUCACCACUGCCAGCCAGAGACGUCUGUGGGCGCUUGUGGCAUUGGCCUCGUGAGAGCUGCUACACUGCUGUUGGCCCCAGCUGUGGAAACAGCUCCGCCCUCGGCCUCUCCUGGACUCCAGCAGACCAGGGAUGGUGGGGACUCGUGGGAUCCGAGCUCCAUACUGGCUCUGCCCUGGCCCCUGCAGGCCCUCUGGGCUGUGGGCACACAGGUGGCCACUCACUAAUGCACACCCAGGAAGCCCUGCUGUUUCCAAGUGCCCCACAGCCUACGGUUCGAGCCUGGGCAGGGCACGGCAGCCAGUUAAUGUUGUUAUGUUGGCUUUCUUAAAACAUAGAUAUUUAUGUUACAA